AUGAAUGAGAGAGAUCCGAAUGCUGAGGUAAAACUUUUUACGCUGUUGCGUCAUGUGCAAAAUCCGAUGCAGCCUCUCCCUGGCAUAUGCAGUGUUGGAAGCGUUGUUGUUUUUAACAUCAGUGGUGCAGUGGCAGGCGUUCCAGCAGCCACAGUGGCUGCUGUCAGCAGGGAUCGAAGACAGUGGCUCAUCGAUGUGUGCAGUGUAUCGAGCCGACUAACAAUACCGGACGGUGCAAAAAACACCUACCGUGCCAGUGUUGCGGAUAAUGUCCUCAUGAAAAAUAGCAGUGCUGUCCAGCGAACUAACGAGAAGCUCAACGCUGGAACUGUUAAACUUACCAAACGCGAACUUAUCAAUUCUCUGUUAAGUUUAUUAGAUGUUUAUGGGAAAUGUCCAUUUUUGAUACCGAAGGGGCCUGGCAUCUAUGAGAUCGAUCCGAACUAUAGUAUUAGCGAUGAAGUUCCGGGCAAAACUGAGGGUCCUGGCAUCUAUGAGAUCGAUCCGAACUAUAGUAUUAGCGAUGAAGUUCCGGACAAAACUGAGGUUUCUUUUAUCUCUUUUUUUUUCGAUUACACAUAUAAUUUCUCAUUAAGUCUUAUGAGACUUAGUAUCGUUGGAUAA